AUGAUAUCGACCAAACUCGGUCACAGUAUUUGUAAACUUUGUUUUGAUGUGAUAAAAAUGUCUGAAGUGUCUUUAAAUGAUGAUUAUUCUGAGGGAGGAGUGAAGAAUGGCUCCCUAAGGAGCGAAUCUGAGGAUAGUUUACUUGAUGAAGAUUCAGAGCCAGGGUCUGCCCUGGCGCGUCAGCUGCUAGACGCCCUGACGCCGGCCGCGCUCAGCAAGCUGCGCCGCGCGUUCCGCAGAACCAAGGACAACUCACGAUCGCAGGACAUUGACAGACGCGUGGAGGAUGUGAUGCGGCUGGCAGCAGCAGAGGAAGGCAUCGAGUUCGCCCCGGCACCCUCUCACACCUCGCUCGCGCUUUCCCUUGAUCGGGAGGGGUUUAUCCAGGCUAUUAACAAUAUCUUCGGUACUUCAUUACUUAUCAUUACCAUGUCUGAGGCAUCGACUUCACCCCCACACCUCGCACACCUCACACACCACAGGUAUGAGCCGCACGCCAACUCUCUGUUCAAUUCGUUGGACGCCUGGGGCGCCGGCCGCGUCUGGUGGCACCAGCUUUUGGCGCGUCUGCUGGUCACGGCACCACCCAGAUGGACGCCGCUGAAGGACGUCACUGUGAAGAAGCUGCAACACUGCAAGCGCGAAACGAUAGUGAAGUUCGUAACCAUCGAGACUAACACGUCGUUCUGCUACGCUGCGGUAUCACGAGGUGGACGUGUCGGCCUCUACGACGGUCGACUUAAGCUGUUGCACUCCUACGAGGUAUUCUACGAUCGUACCGGAGUGCGCAAACGCGUCAAAAACUGCUGGAUAACCGACGCUAUCUACAUGAGCGAUUCUCUCAGCUUUCUCCUCGCCGCCUCCGACCGCAGCCUCGCGGUCUACGACGCGUCCACUCUCGCGCAUGCUCUCCGAUACUGCAUUACAGGAUUACCGCAUAUCCCUACGUGCGUUGCAUACUUACCAUCUUCCUUGUCUUCCUACGCUGAGCUCGGUCUGGGCACGGCGCGCGGCGACGUCGUGCGCGUGCGAUUUCGACACUCGCUGCCCGCCGCUGACACCGCCACCAUCUACUUUUGGAGGGAGCUUUCAUCCCCGCCGUACACCAGCUACAUCAGCAUCACAACAUGGCGACGGGUCCACGCGCGCGCCGUGCGACGUCUCGGUUAUUCUGGGAACGUCGUGUGGUCCUGCUCACAUGACAGUGAUGUGAGCGUGAGGGCACGCCAUAUGCCAGGGAAACUUGACGACUAUGUGUUUAAAGUGCAGAGGGGUGUGACCUGCUUCCAUGUGGUGCCCGCCUUGCACAUGCUGGCAACAGGCAGUGCUGACGGAACAGUCCGUCUCUGGGAUAUCACACAGUCCAGCCCUUUCGCUAAGCUGCUGGCGCCAGCGCGCGCAGCCGUGCUGGACGUCAAAGUCAUCGCAGACAUGGAAGUGGUCAUCGCAUUCUGUAGUAACUGCUGGCUGCACAUCUGGGACCUGAACGAAGAGAGCCUUCUGCAGACAAUAAAGAUCAAGUUCCCGUUCCUCGGGGUCCUGGGGAAGAAGGUCGAGUUCGGAGCGUACUGCAUCCACCCUGGUCCAGCACUAAAGAAGACGGUGUCAGCGGAGUCUCCAAGCACCUCAAGAGGGUCUAGCGUGGCGCGCGGCAGCUCCGGGGGUCUGCUACUGUUAGAGGAAGAAGAAGAAGAAAUCAAGGAUAAGAGAGACGUGUAUUACUUGGCAACUGAAGAUCUCCGACUUAAGAUCUACUUAUCUUCCAGGGAGUACUCCCUGUCCCACCGCGCCGCAGUACUAGUGACGUGCUGCGACUGCGUGUGCACGGUCCCCCUGGCAGAGCCCGCAGAGCCCCGCCCUCCUCCAGGGGACACUUUGCAAGCCCGCCGUCCACACGCGUGGGAUAUCCCAUUGUCAACCACAGCUACUUCUACACCUCGGCGCCACUCUCUGCAUCCUUCGUACACACCACGACCACGGACCCCUGGGCCCCUCGGAGCCCACACGCCGCGGUCUCGGACUCCAGGGCCUCUCGAGGCUCAUACCCCACGGUCACGAUCGCGGACGCCAUUUGACAAGCUCCCUGAAUUGCCUGCGAAAUUACCAAUAGAAGAUCUUGACCUAGAAACAUUGUUGGAAAAUGCGGGCUUACGGGGUAUCCUCGAGAAAGAUUUCGUGUUGAUGAAGGGACUGAAGCACGAUUUGAACAUGAAACUAGCUGAAAUGGAAGCCAACAGGGAAGCAAUGGCGUCCGCCGUGGCCGCCGGUGCGCCUUACCUCGCGCUUCGCACCUACGAGAUGGAGCCAUUGGCACCUGUCGAUGAAAUGACAGAUGCGUAUGCACGUGUGAUGAGGUUACUAAUGUUUAAAUGA